AUGGUUCUCAUUGAGUUCCUGAGUCUCCCUGGAACCACACCACGAACCAGCGAACCAACCGGUCACUCCAGUGGUGCCUCGGGCAGCUCCAGCGAAUCAGAGAGCAGCUCAGAGUCUGACUCGGACAGCGAGAGCAGUUCCAGUGACAGUGAGUGCAACAGAGCGUCCCGCGCUGCCACACCAGAGCCUGAACCUCCAUCAACAAACAAGUGGCAACUAGAUAAGUGGCUAAACAAAGUUAAUCCUCACAAUAAAGCACUAAUUAACACCCAGUCAGACAGUCAUGGGCUUAACAGCUCUCAACCUGAUAAAAGCCAAUCCUCAGACAACCAGAACUCCAGCAAGAGCAAGCCCAGCACAACACUGGCACCAGCAGACCCCAAGGAGAGAACGUUGCUCAGUCCUAUCCGAGAGAAAGCCAAACCCAAGACUGGUCAGAAGGCUCCAGACAGCAAAAGCACCAAGGUAAAAUCACCAGCCUCAGUGGAGCUAGCACCCCCCAGGAGAAGCACUGGAAAGAAGCAGCCCAAAAAGGUGGAGCGAUCCUCCAGCAGCGAGGAGCACAACUGGCAAAGACCAGGAAAUUCAAGUUCUACCCCGAAAGAGAAAGAGCCCCCGCCUUUAGAACCACCAAAACCUAGAGCCAAGGGCCCUGGGGUCAAGACGGCUCCAAGAAAGGAACCUCGAACCACCACAACAAACACCGCACCAACGAAUAUCACACCAGUUCAGGAUAAAAAGAAGCACAGAGGACCAAACAAGAUCAUCCCCAAGUCUAAGGAGUUCAUCGAGACAGAGUCUUCUUCAUCCGAGUGUCAUUCGGACCCUGAAGAGCUCACUAAAGUUCAGCUUCCCUGUCCCGGUCCCAACACCCUAAGCCUGAAAUCCAAGGAUUGCAACAGCAAUAUCCUGAAUGUUAGUAGCCUUACCAGCACAAGCAGCACCUCUAUUCCUGAUCCAGGUGCCUCGGAUCUCCUAGAAGAGCCCCUCUUUUCUCCCAUCCCCAUUGUACAAAAUGAACUAUUGUCACCACUAAGAGAUUUUGAGGACAUCAAGUCCCUUUGGGUUAAGAUUGAACUCAGCUUCCUAUCGCGGAUCCCAGGGCAAGACGCCCCAGAGCCUCCCCCAACCAAGGCAGAGUGUCGGGAGGUCAGUGUAAAGCACAGACGGCAACAGUCACCUGCCUCUAUCCCUGCAGAAAAGAACCCUAGUAAAUCCAAGAGGAAACACAAGGCAAGUGUUCAAUGUUCUCACUCUCAUUUCAUGCACUAUAAUUAUAAAAUCAAGGGCUGCAAUUGCAAAAUAAUCAUUUGCAACUCUGAGCAGUGUGACGUGAUGAGUGGAGGCAAAAAGCUUCGGAUAGACAAAGACGCGCUGCUGCUUCCUCCUUGUAUCUCGCCCAUACACAACCACAAGGUCUCCAGCACAAAAGAUUCAUUGAAGAAGCAACCUCGCAAGCGGGAGGAUAAGCUGCUACCGCCUCUGCUGUCGCCGCUGUCCGAUGAGCCAGUGGGCCGCCCACGGAGGAGCAGCGAAUGCAGCUCCCUCAGUCAGGAGGGAAACACCUCCACCGUCCCAAUCACCCUCCCCUCCACCCGCACAAUACCUACCUCCACCUCUUCAUCAUCAUCCUCAUCACACAAACACCGCAAAGGAGCGAACAAAUCCUUGUCCCAUUCCAAGAACAGCACUGAGGAAGACAGUCACAGCAAGCCUUCCAGCAGUUUUCACAGCAAUGAUCAGUCGGAGCCAGACCUCUGGUCAAACACUUCAACCCUGUCCAUGGAGCAUAUGGAGCCCAGGAGACCUAAACUCACAUUUAAUAACACUUUCGGUAUGACUUUAAGAGCUUUGAAAAUGACCUCAGUCAUUUUUAUUUGCGGAAUUCUCUCAACCUUUAACGGCAAUUUUGCUUCACAGAUGGACAAGUUCGGCAAAGCUGUAAAUUAUGCAGACGGAGCGCUCUCAUUCAUCGAAUGCGGCAACGCCAUGGAACGAGACCCGUUGGAGGCCAAGUCACCAUACACAAUGUAUUCAGAAACCGUAGAGCUCAUCAGGUACGCAUUGAGAUUAAAGAACUUCACAAAUCAUUCUGCCACAAUAGCUGAGAAGAAGCUUGCUGUACUGUGCAAUCGCUGUUUGUCACUUCUGUACUUGCGAAUGUUCAAGCUGAAGAAAGAUCAUGCAAUGAAGUAUUCCCGCUCACUAAUGGAGUAUUUUAAGAAUUCUGCAAAAAGUUCCCAAGCACCUUCGCCAUGGGGAGCCAAUGGAAAGAGCACAGGUACCCCGUCUCCCAUGUCCCUGAGUUCAUCUCCUGUCAGUUCAGUCAGCAGCAGCACUGGAGUGAUGGGCUCUUCCUCUGCCUCUGGAAGUGUGGCCAUUCCCCAACGCAUCCACCACAUGGCAGCCAGUCAUGUCAACAUCACCAACAACAUCCUGCGUAGCUAUGAACACUGGGAAACUGCUGAAAAGCUGGCCCAGGAAAGUCAAGAGUUCUUUCUGGAGCUGGACUCAGUAAUGGAACCGUUGACGCAGCACAGCAGCAUGACAGAACUGGUGCACUACAUACGCCAAGGACUGCACUGGCUUCAGCUGGAGGCCAAUUUGUUAUAGUGGUGGCUCUUCCACUGUGCUCUUCCUUCCUUUCUGUCUUACUCGCUCUCACUCUCUUCCCCACCGUUCAUCACUACCUCCACCAUCUUUGCCAUCUACAACCCUCCGGAACCCUGAGGGAAGUCGACAGUUAACCACUAGCGAGCCUCAGAACUGUGAGUUAUUCCCUGGAGGGUGCCAUGUCCUCGUUCCAGCUUGAUUCCUGUAAGAGUGCGUCAAGAAAAACUGGGGAUGUCGUAGAAGGACGGAGCGCUGCUGCAUCGCAUCACAGCACUACAGGAGGCCAAAUUUAUGCAUCUGUUACAAGAACAGGAUCUGUGAUGGUAGCAGUGGGCAAGUUAACAAUGUUGUUGAACAAAAAUCCAGCUAGUAACCUCUGUGAUGUAGGCCAGGCAAAUCUAAUUCACUUUGUAAGGUAGGAUGAGCCAGAAACACACUUCACGCAAGUACACAAAGACAGGCGUGAAUGCGUAAUAAAUUCAAAUGAUAUCUUUAAACUUAACUAGAUGAUCAUCAAACUGUUACUACACUACAACACUAGUUAAACCAUAGGAAAAGUUUCCAGUCCUUCUGCUUGAGAGCAGGUUUGGUUUGGUUUACUCUAAUAGCCGCUAUAUCGCCCCCUGUGGCAUCGCUGAAUAUACACACAGGCUGCUGAAUUAUGAAUUGCGCUCUGACAGCUUUCAGAACACUACACAUGAAAUCCAACUCAUGUAGCUGACAUUCACGUACUUGCAUUAAGUAUAUUUCAGACCUUACCACUGCAAGACUGAGAUACAAAGGAAUUAGAGUGCCGAUAAAUGAGCUGUUAACAAUGCAUUCAUCUCAAACGCAUAUCUGGAGAUUCACACAUAUCCAUUUGAAAUUGUACUUAUCUGUCGAGGCUUUUGUGAUGACUGUAAGGGACGGGUACGGUAGUCAUCUAUUCUCUCAAACAUCACCGUCUUUCUAUUUUACUGUGGCACGGUGACAGCUGGCAUCAGUGUGAGCAGUAUGAUAGGCUCGUUGGCUUCGCUCCAAAGCUGCGUUCUCCGAGACAGGCAUCACGUCUUGUGUUCACAGCGUCAAAGGCUGAUGGGAGAUUUCCCUGUGCAAUUAACUUAUACAUAUGCACAUAUGACAGAUCGAUAUCUUCUAAAGGAGGUAUCAGAGAAUCUUAAAGAUUUCUUUACAAUAUGUACCAUAAUGACUGUGUUGUAUAUGACAGCUACUUUAACUGUUCGGUGUUUGUUCAAUCUUGCAUGUUAAUGCAGAGAGGUAGAGGUAGAACUGAGAGACAUCAGCGUAUUUCAUGAGCACUAUGAAGAAUCGAUGUGUUUUGUCCAUUUUUUUUUUUUUUUUUUUUUCGGAUGAA